UUACUUCACAGUGACGUAUCGGAAUUUAAGCAGAGGGGCAGAAUUUCAUGACUCACACUACUCUUUCCUUGCUGUUGUUAGCACUGGAAGUUUCAGUUUCAUAUUUCAUCAUUGAUAGUCAUUCCGUUUUUGUGGUUGGUUGAUAUUGUGUUUUGGUAACUGGAUUACCGGAUUUCCUCAGUGAAGUGAAAUAAACUUUGAGCCAAAAUGAGUUUGCAGUGGACACUGAUUGCUGGGUUUUUGUACGCUGAGAUAUUUGUAGUCCUGUUACUUGUGCUUCCAGUUGCCUCUCCCGUGAGGUGGCAGAGACUCUUCAAGUCCAGGUUUCUGCAAGCAGUUACAAAUCAAGCAUCUUGGUAUUUUGCGUUCAUUUUGUUCGUGUUGGUUCUGUUCUUGUGUGACGCGAUCCGUGAAAUGAGGAAGUACUCGAGUGCCGAAGAAGCUGAAAAACACGCUCAUCUCGACGCUGAAAUGCAAGUCAACAUGCGACUGUUCAGGGCUCAAAGGAACUUUUACAUAUCUGGAUUCGCUCUAUUUUUGUCACUCGUCAUCCGCCGAUUGGUGUCUUUGAUCAGCCAACAAGCUGUAUUGCUCGCUCAGAGUGAAGCGGCCAUGAAACAAGCACAAUCGGCCACUACCACUGCGAGAUCACUUCUGUCUCAGAAGGGGUCCGGAGAAGUUGCACAAAACAGUUCAAAUGAGGCUCACGACAAAGAGGUAACGGACUUGAAAGAGAAAAUCAAAGCUCUCGAGCGUGACCUGAGCCACGAGAAGAAGGACAAAGAAGCCAUGAUUUCACAAUCUGAAUCGAUCAAAAAGGAGUACGAUAGAUUGUUGAAUGAACACAGGAAGAUCCAAGAAAAAGUGGCUGCUAGCAACAGUGAUAAAGAAGAUUAAAACAUCAGUUUUAGCUUAUGAGUGUUUUUACCUUAAAGCUUUUAUUGUUUAGUCUUUUGUAUAGAUUUUUGUUCCUUUGUUUACUUGUAAUUUUUUUAAUCGAAAAUAUUAAACUAUUUGAAAUGUGCUAAGACAUUCUUUCAGGUACACUGUAGCUUUGUUAUAUGAAAAUAAUUCAUCACUGAGGCUUGAAAUGCCAACUUGUAUUAAAUCACAUAAUCUUGAACUGAUUGUUGUUAAAAACCUGAAUUAUUUGCUUAGGCAUUAAUUUAAUUUAGCAUUUAAAAAUACUGCAUUUCAUUGAAAAUUUAAUUUUGGUGGUGAUAUACUUGAAUACUACCAAUUACAUUACUAGUUAAUUAUUAGCUUUAACAUACAGUGGAACCUUAAUCAAGUAUAUAUAUCAAUGCAAUCAAAACCCUUGCAUUAUUGAGUUUAAUUAUUUAAAUGAUCGGUGCUUAGUUGUCAAUCAGUACUGUGAAAAGUGGCGUACAAUUAACAUGUCAGUUAUGUUGUACUGUUAUUGUGUGUUGUGCUAUUCUUUUACCAGUUACACUCAUUUUAGUAAGUUUAUUAUUCAUUCACAAGUUUUUUUGUAUUUAAAAAACUUUGUUAAAUCCCUUAAAUAGGUUUGAAUUAUAAAAGAAAAAAAUCAUACUUUUUAUAACUGUUUAAAAAAAUGUAAAAUAUUAUUUAAAAAAAUACAUUUUUGUUAUAAUGUAUUUUUGAAUGUGCACAGUCGUCAUUUUAAUUAACUUUUCAUUUUGUAAUUUUAAUUUAACUUUUAGACAGACACUUGUUAAAAAUCCUUUAUUAGGGAAAAUCUAUUAGUGGUACAAGGCGUUAAAACUAAUUAUUAAAUUUAUUUCAAAGAUAGUCUCUAAUAACCUAAGAUUCAAGCUCAGUGUAUGAUAACCAGCCAUUUGCUUUGCUACAAUAUUAAAGGGUGUCAGAGAAUAUUUAACAAACAUUUUUGUAUGGCUAUUUUAGUUUUCCAAUUGUAAUCGAGUACUGUAUCAUUUCAAAGAUAGUCUCUAAUAACCUAAGAUUCAAGCUCAGUGUAUGAUAACCAGCCAUUUGCUUUGCUACAAUAAUAAAGGGUGUCAGAGAAUAUUUAACAAACAUUUUUGUAUGGCUAUUUUAGUUUUCCAAUUGUAAUCGAGUACUGUAUCAUUGCAGUCAGAGACGUGUGUAAAACAUUGCAGUGAUCAUCUUUGUGGACUUUAUGUCCGGGGUAGUUUUCUCAAAAAGUUGUUCAAUGAUUUAUGCUGUGGAUCCUAGCAAUUGUCCUCAUUUUUGUUGUAUUAAUAAUCUCUCCAAAAAGUUUUCUUCAAUUUUAUUAUUAAUUUGUUUCUCGAAUGAGGAAAUUACAGAGGUUUUUGCAUUAGAUUAUUAUUCCGCACCAAUGUCUAGCUAAGGAUUGACAUGAUGAAACUUAUUGAGAUACUAAGUAAUCUAUUUAUAAAUCACUUAUAUCUUCAACAGCCAUUGGCAUUAAUAUUGACCUUGUAUGAUUUCCUGAUAUCUCGCUUAGAUGAAUCAUUAUUAUGUUUUAUAUUGCAAUGAGUUACUUUGCAUUUUAAUGUCUGUAGGAUCCUACUACCAUACUAUUUAUAUUAAUACUGAUAUUGUUAUUAUAAACACCUAAUGAUUAUUAAUAUAAACUAUGCUAGUGCUAACACAAUAGUUUUGAUUUCUUAAGCAUUUAAUCAUUGUCAGUUUUUGAUUCAACUCAAAUACAGCUAAUUUUUGGUUUUCAGAGAUUUAAUACAACUCUGUAAUUUACACAUAUACUGCAUUGAAUUCAAUAUUAUAAAAUAUAUCCAAAGAUUAGUCAAUUAAGCCUAUAUAAACUGAAUUGUAUAUAUAUGAACUAUCCCUAGACACACGUUACAGCAGCAUAUAGACUAAGGAGUGGGAAAGAUUGUUAGCAUGUAAAUUACUUCCCAUCAAAUUGUAUGACAAACAUCAGAGUAGACUUCAGCAGAUCUUGUAACUUGCCUGCACAGCUCUGACGGUCAACGUAAACUGACAUUUGAAAGAAUGACAGUAAACAACGCUUCUGUGUAUAAGAUUUAGCCAUUCUGCCAAAGAAUAUGUUGUGAAUUGUUUUAUAAAAUUUAUUAAAAAUGUAUGAACAGAAUUUUAGCCACAGUAAUUUGUUUAGUUCAUAUAACAAAGGAAAUAAGAUAUAAGACACGGUUUGUACAGAUAUUAAAGAAUCAAAUUUAUAGGAAAAUAUUUAUGUUAACAAUCCAUUAGACACAAUUUAAUCCUAAGCUUCAAUUAAAUUACUAAAUUCAUUUAUUUAAAAACCAAUUUUGAAUUUGUUUUUAAGAUUUCAAUUUUGUUUAGCUAAUCUUGUAUAGAUGUAUAUAGACAGGCAGUAGCCAAUUUAAAUAUUCACAUAGAGAGCUAUAUUUUUAUAGCAAAUAAUUAAUAGACGAGAAUUUGUGGAAUAAAAAUCAAACUGUCCCAGUAGCGAAAUUAUUCACUCCUGUAGUCUAUUAACAAAUCUGGAUUUACAUUAGUUUAGGUGUUAUUAUCUAAUUAGGCUUAUGAAUUCACAUUUUCUACAAAUGCCUAAUUAUUCUUUUGUAGUGAUUAACUAACAGGGAUUUGACUUAGCUGUAAGUUUACUUUAUUCUGUAUGUAAUGAGUUUCUAUUUCAGUGGGAUUUCUAAAGUAUCUAGAGCUAACAGACAUAUAACAUAGGCCCCUUCAUUAUAAAUACCAUAUUUUAUUUUUUAUAAUGUUCAUGCAAGUUAUUUUAUUGUAUCAAAAUUAAAAUAACAAUAGUUAAUAAAUCUUAUAUUUAAUUUAAAGACUGAUUUAAGCUAUAAUUUGCACGUUUUUGAAACUGUAAAUUUAUGCAAGGAAGAAUAGUUGUCAACAUGGUUAUAUUUAACUUUUACAUAAGUUGUUAAAUUCUAGUACCUAGUUGCGUAUAAAUAGUGUGAUAUAUUUUCAAUUUUAACACAAAGUGACUUUUGUAGGCUAUUUUUUGUAAGUUUGAUGUGACUUAAAAUGUCCUGUAUUUAAAGUGAAAUAUCUGUUUUUCGUUACCUACAUGAUUGCUGUAACUAGUUAGAGGAUUGUUAUGUGUCCACAAUUGUAUAUUUGUGUAGUGCCAGAUUUUGUUAACAAAUAACUCAUAUUUUGGAAAUAAACUUUCAAUCGUUUCAAA